UGAGAAAACUUACGUUUCUCAAGAAUGUUUGCUGAGUCUCUGAUUAGUUUCUCUCAGUUGAUCGCAGAAACCUUCAUUAUCGUCUCCCUCUCCGUCUUCUCUCUCCGUCUCUUCCUUAGACUUGCAUCCUUCCUCGUGAGCCGCCCUUGGCGCCGUUACCGUACAUUCACCGUUCGCCGCCGCCGAAGAUGGAGGAAGAAAACGGCGGAACCGUACUGUCCCAUUUGUCUCCAAGACGCAGCGGAGGGAGAGAAGAUGAGGCGGUUAACGGCGUGCGGCCAUUGUUUCCACGCCGAGUGCAUCGAUCCGUGGCUGGAGAAACGGUCCACGUGUCCUCAGUGCAGAGCUCAGAUCCCGCCGGUGCCGCCGGAGUAUCCUCUGGUUGCGUUAUUUGUCCCUCCCGGCGUGAUAGAGUUGUUUACCAAGGAACCUUAG